AUGAGUUAUUAUGUUGAAAAAAAGUCCGUUCCCGGCUAUAUGAUGUACAUAAAUGGUGGACUGGCCGGAAUGAUGGGCACUUGCAUUGUACAACCCUUGGAUUUGGUGAAGACCCGAAUGCAGAUUUCAGCCUCCACGGGGGAGUACAAGAACUCCUUGGAUUGCCUGGUGAAAACCUUUAAAAACGAGGGCUUUGUGUCCCUGUACAAUGGACUGAGUGCGGGUUUGAUGCGACAGGCUACUUAUACCACUGCUCGCAUGGGAUUUUAUCAGAUGGAGAAUGAGACGUAUCGCAAGCAGUUCAAUGAACCGCCCACCGUUUUGGCCAGCAUGGGAAUGGGAAUUUUGGCUGGGGCUUUUGGUGCGAUGUUUGGGAAUCCCGCCGAGGUGGCUCUCAUUCGAAUGAUGUCCGAUAAUCGUUUGCCGCCGGCGGAGAGGCGUAACUACAAGAAUGUGGGCGAUGCCUUUGCGAGGAUCGUCAAGGAUGAGGGCGUGACGACGCUCUGGAAAGGAUGUAUGCCCACUGUGGGUCGCGCCAUGGUCGUCAAUAUGGUUCAGCUGGCCUCGUAUUCCCAGCUGAAGAAUGCCUUCUCUCAAUACUUUUCAGGACUUCCUCUUCACAUCUCUGCCGCCAUGAUGUCUGGAUUGCUGACCACCAUUGCCUCAAUGCCGCUGGACAUGGCCAAAACUCGUAUACAACAGCAAAAUUCGGGCGAAUACAAGGGCACCAUGGACGUGCUGAUGAAGGUCUCCAAGAAUGAAGGGGUUACCGCUUUGUGGAAGGGAUUUACACCCUACCUCUGUCGCAUUGGACCGCACACCGUGUUUGCGUUCAUCUUUUUGGAACAACUGACCAAGGCCUACAAGCGCUUUGUGCUCGGUGACGAUUCCGAAUCCACUAUCUAAGCUAACUAGUCGAAAUUUACCGUCAUUACUUAUUUGAACAUUUGUUUUAAAAAUUUUAGUUUGAACACAAGUUGCCAAGAAACCGUUACACUUGUUUUCAAGUUUGCAAAAUUGUUUUAAGACCUCUAACAACUCCUAUUUUGUUGAUAUAUUAUUCUAUGGAGAAUUAGGUUUUCAAUUUUGUGGAGACGUUUUUUCUCCCUUUCUUUAAUAACUGUUCGAGCAUCCUAUACAAUGUUCCCUGAAAAUAUAUUUCAAUUAAAUUUAUCUUAAUAGA